CUCUAUAUGUUAUAUUAUAUUAUCUAUUCUCCAUCCGAUCCAAUUUAACUUUAUGUUAAUCAGGGCUUAUGACAAGGCUGCAAUAAAAUGCAAUGGAAGGGAAGCAGUGACCAACUUUGAGGCAAGCACAUAUGAAGAGGAGUUAAGCUCUGAGAUUGAGAAUCGAGGAAGCAGCCAUAAUCUAGACCUCAACUUGGGUAUUUCUACCCCUUAUUUUGCUAAUGGCCAAAUGGGAAGCAAUGACUUGAGCAGUGGUUUACAUUUGCAGAGUGACUUGAGCAAUAUGCAUGAGAACAGAAGGGCUGAGAACUCCGUUACAACAAUGGCAUGGCCAAAUAAUGGUUUCUGAGCACCCUCCUCUCUGGAAAGGUGUAAAUUCCCAUGCCGUUCCCAUCUGUGAGGGAAGAGCAAUAGAGAAUAGUAUGGAAUUUGAUUCUUCACCGAGCUGGGCAUUGCAAUUCCAAGGCCCAUUUGGUGGUGACGUUCCACUCACUACAGGAAUUUGGAGAUUUAACGGCGUUUAAUUAAUGGCGUUUUAUUAAACGUCACUUUUUUAAUUAAUGG